GCGAGCGCAUUGUCGCGUCAAAAUUUGACAUUUCAAUCUGACAGCGGCUGUCACGGUUCGAAUUUUAAAAACAGUGCGAUUAAGAAGUCAUGAUCCAUUAAUAUUAAUGCGAUACAAACGCGUCUGACAUUGCGUAUCAAUAACAAUCGUUCCGUGAUUUUGAUAUUGUGAUGGCGUUUGAAGAUCGUUGCAGUCCGAAUCAGGCGAACAGCCCCGGUCCGGUUACUGGAAGAGUUCCGGCACCGCACGCCAACCCUGAUAACAUGAGCUAUUGUUCACCGAGUCAGUACACCUGUACUACGAUCGAUUCGAGAUUUGAUAGAUCGAACAUGACUGUCGUCAAAGUCCAACCAAAUUCACCGCCUCCGAGUCCAGAUCAUAAUCAAAACGAGAUGGAAUACCAAAACUACUACAGACCUGAUACGCCGGACGUCAAACCGGUUCUACCAGCUGACAGGUUCGAUCCGGACAAACGAAACCGUCAACAGCCGCCAGCCUCGAUAGCGUUUUCAAUCAGCAACAUCCUUCAUCCCGAAUUCGGUUUGAACGCGAUUCGAAAAACUAACAAAAUCGAGGGCCCGAAAGCCGUUGGACCGAAUCACAGCAUUCUCUACAAACCGUAUGAUCUAUCGAAAGAGUAUUCGAAAUUCAAUUUUGAAUAUUUGAAAUCGAAGGAUGAUUUUGGCGCGCUGCCGCCGCUCGGCGGCUUACGUCAGACGGUUUCGAACAUCGGCGAAAUUCAAAAAGAGAAGGAGGUAUCAAAGAGUAUGGAGGUACAAAAGAGGCCAGACUCUGCUAGUUCUAUGGUCUCGUCGACGUCUAGCGGUGCUUUGUCCACGUGUGGGAGUACAGAUACAAACAGUCAGACGUCACAAGGAAACGCAAACUUAUGGCCUGCCUGGGUGUACUGCACUAGAUACAGCGAUAGACCUAGUUCUGGUCCUAGAAGUAGAAGAGUAAAGAAGAAGACGCACCCAGAAGAGAAGAGACCGCGAACUGCGUUCAGUGCUGCACAGCUCGCUAGAUUAAAGCACGAGUUCGCUGAAAACCGCUACCUAACCGAGCGUCGGAGACAAGCCCUCGCUGGAGAACUUGGUCUCGCAGAGGCCCAGAUCAAGAUCUGGUUUCAGAACAAGCGAGCCAAGAUUAAGAAGGCAACUGGACAAAGAAACCCGCUAGCCAUGCAACUUAUGGCCCAAGGGUUAUAUAACCACAGUACAGUGACGGAGAGUGAUGAAGAAGAGGAAAUCAGUGUGACGUAAACACGAUAAUUGUGACGUAGUGACGAUUUCCUGGCUUGUUGUUAAUAUGAACUUGGCCGUUCCAGCUACUGUACAACCUGAUUUGUUUUAAAUGA